AUGGACGUGCACGGAGGAGAGUGUGGGACGGACGGGAGCGAGGCGAUGGCGGAAGAGGGGGCGGAGUGGGAGGCGGUUAAGGGCGGAAGAACGGACGGAGCUGCACAGGAGGAGGUCGUUGUUACGUUGGGGGAGGGGAGGGAUGGAGUUGAUAGCUUUGGACCGAACCUUGGUAAGACCGAGGAAAUACAAGGUGGGGACACAAAGGAGGUAGCGGGGAGAGAGGAGGAGGUGGUUGCAGGGAAGGAGGAGGAGGAGGAAGGGGUGGAGGAGAGCGAGUUGCGGGAUGUGGUGGCACCGAUGCCGGUGAUUGGGGGGGAAGCACAGGGUGCAUGUGGGGGUGCCGCGGAGAGCAGUGGGGAGGAGUUCAGGGGGAUGGUGGUGGCAGCAGCAGGGUUGGCAGCGGGCAAGGCAAGGCGGCGUGUGCGGUUUGAGGAGGGGGAGAAGGGCCUGCAUGGGCUGGCAGCGCUGAGGCUGCGGCAGCACGUGCCCCCCCGCACACACGCGGCAGCAGAGGACGGGUCGGUGGGGGGCAGCAAGGGGGGAGGGGCAGAGGCAGGCGUGGGGUGGGCGGGUGGCAGGGCAAGCGAUGGCGGCAGCAGCAGUGCUGGUGGGCUGGCUGGUGGAGGGCUGCUUGGGCGACCUCCCCCGUUGGCGCGAGCCACUAGUGACUGCUCGUGGGAGAUGCGGCGAGUGGCCUUACUGGGGGCACAGCACGGCACUCCACGCGCAUCGGCCGCUCACUCGCACCUCAAGUUCUCAGACGCCCUGGACCAGCUCGAGCAGCAACUGGGCCACUCCACCCCAACCAGGGAGGACGCCGCCUCUCACGCCAAAGACUGGGACGAGCAGCGAGGCGAGGUAUGGAGCUCCCAAGGGCCACCAGCCGGAAGGAAUGUGGCAACUGGGGCAGAAGAAGUAGAGGGUGGGGGCACAGAGGAGGUGGUGGAGAGGGAGGAGGAGGAGGAAGGGGUGGAGGAGAGCGAGUUGCGGGAUGUGGUGGCACCGAUGCCGGUGAUUGGGGGGGAAGCACAGGGUGCAUGUGGGGGUGCCGCGGAGAGCAGUGGGGAGGAGUUCAGGGGGAUGGUGGUGGCAGCAGCAGGGUUGGCAGCGGGCAAGGCAAGGCGGUGUGUGCGGUUUGAGGAGGGGGAGAAGGGCCUGCAUGGGCUGGCAGCGCUGAGGCUGCGGCAGCACGUGCCCCCCCGCACACACGCGGCAGCAGAGGACGGGUCGGUGGGGGGCAGCAAGGGGGGAGGGGCAGAGGCAGGCGUGGGGUGGGCGGGUGGCAGGGCAAGCGAUGGCGGCAGCAGCAGUGCUGGUGGGCUGGCUGGUGGAGGGCUGCUUGGGCGACCUCCCCCGUUGGCGCGAGCCACUAGUGACUGCUCGUGGGAGAUGCGGCGAGUGGCCUUACUGGGGGCACAGCACGGCACUCCACGCGCAUCGGCCGCUCACUCGCACCUCAAGUUCUCAGACGCCCUGGACCAGCUCGAGCAGCAACUGGGCCACUCCACCCCAACCAGGGAGGACGCCGCCUCUCACGCCAAAGACUGGGACGAGCAGCGAGGCGAGGUGUGGAGCUCCCAAGGGCCACCAGCACAGGGAAAGGCGACAGUGGGGGCAGAGGGAGGCGAGGGUGGGGGCACAGAGGAGGUGGUGGGGAGGAAGGAGGAGGAGGAGAAGGAAGGAGUGGUUGCAGGGAAGGAGGAGGAGGAGGAAGGGGUGGAAGAGAGCGAGUUGCGGGAUGUGGUGGCACCGAUGCCAGUGCUUGGCGGGGGAGGACAGGGUGCAUGUGGGGGUGGUGCGGAGAGCAGUGGGGAGGAGUUGAUGGGGGAGGUGGCAGCAGCAGGGUUGGCAGCGGGCAAGGCAAGGCGGCGUGUGCGGUUUGAGGAGGGGGAGAAGGGCCUGCAUGGGCUGGCAGCGCUGAGGCUGCGGCAGCACGUGCCCCCCCGCACACACGCGGCAGCAGAGGACGGGUCGGUGGGGGGCAGCAAGGGGGGAGGGGCAGAGGCAGGCGUGGGGUGGGCGGGUGGCAGGGCAAGCGAUGGCGGCAGCAGCAGUGCUGGUGGGCUGGCUGGUGGAGGGCUGCUUGGGCGACCUCCCCCGUUGGCGCGAGCCACUAGUGACUGCUCGUGGGAGAUGCGGCGAGUGGCCUUACUGGGGGCACAGCACGGCACUCCACGCGCAUCUGCCGCUCACUCGCACCUCAAGUUCUCAGACGCCCUGGACCAGCUCGAGCAGCAACUGGGCCACUCCACCCCAACCAGGGAGGAGGGCGCCUCGCACACCAACGAGUGGGACGAGCAGUCAGGCCAGUCGCGCGCACCCUUCUCUGCAGAUCUGCGCGCUGUGCUCUCUGCAGACGCGCGCGAACUGUGUUGUUUCCGCGCGCGGUCCUUUGCAGCCGUGCGCGUUGCUCCACGCAGCUGCCCAGAGGGAAAGGCGGCAGUGUGGGCGGAGGGAGGCGAGGGUGGGGGAACAUCUGAGGUGGUGGGGAGGGAGGAGGAGGAGGAGAAGGAAGGGGUGGUUGCAGUGGGGGAGGAGGAGGAGGAAGGGGUGGAGGAGAGCGAGUUGCGGGAUGUGGUGGCACCGAUGCCAGUGAUUGGGGGGGAAGCACAGGGUGCAUGUGGGGGUGGUGCGGAGUUGAGGGGGGAGGUGGCAGCAGCAGGGUUGGCAGCGGGCAAGGCAAGGUGGCGUGUGCGGUUUGAGGAGGGGGAGAAGGGCCUGCAUGGGCUGGCAGCGCUGAGGCUGCGGCAGCACGUGCCCCCCCGCACACACGCGGCAGCAGAGGACGGGUCGGUGGGGGGCAGCAAGGGGGGAGGGGCAGAGGCAGGCGUGGGGUGGGCGGGUGGCAGGGCAAGUGAUGGCGGCAGCAGCAGUGCUGGUGGGCUGGCUGGUGGAGGGCUGCUUGGGCGACCUCCCCCGUUGGCGCGAGCCACUAGUGACUGCUCGUGGGAGAUGCGGCGAGUGGCCUUACUGGGGGCACAGCACGGCACUCCACGCGCAUCGGCCGCUCACUCGCACCUCAAGUUCUCAGACGCCCUGGACCAGCUCGAGCAGCAGCUGGGCCAGUCCACCCCAACCAGGGAGGACGCCGCCUCUCACGCCAAAGACUGGGACGAGCAGCGAGGCGAGGUAUGGAGCUCCCAAGGGCCACCAGCCGGAAGGAAUGUGGCAACUGGGGCAGAAGAAGUAGAGGGUGGGGGCACAGAGGAGGUGGUGGAGAGGGAGGAGGAGGAGGAAGGGGUGGAGGAGAGCGAGUUGCGGGAUGUGGUGGCACCGAUGCCGGUGAUUGGGGGGGAAGCACAGGGUGCAUGUGGGGGUGCCGCGGAGAGCAGUGGGGAGGAGUUCAGGGGGAUGGUGGUGGCAGCAGCAGGGUUGGCAGCGGGCAAGGCAAGGCGGCGUGUGCGGUUUGAGGAGGGGGAGAAGGGCCUGCAUGGGCUGGCAGCGCUGAGGCUGCGGCAGCACGUGCCCCCCCGCACACACGCGGCAGCAGAGGGCGGGUCGGUGGGGGGCAGCAAGGGGGGAGGGGCAGAGGCAGGCGUGGGGUGGGCGGGUGGCAGGGCAAGCGAUGGCGGCAGCAGCAGUGCUGGUGGGCUGGCUGGUGGAGGGCUGCUUGGGCGACCUCCCCCGUUGGCGCGAGCCACUAGUGACUGCUCGUGGGAGAUGCGGCGAGUGGCCUUACUGGGGGCACAGCACGGCACUCCACGCGCAUCGGCCGCUCACUCGCACCUCAAGUUCUCAGACGCCCUGGACCAGCUCGAGCAGCAACUGGGCCACUCCACCCCAACCAGGGAGGACGCCGCCUCUCACGCCAAAGACUGGGACGAGCAGCGAGGCGAGGUGUGGAGCUCCCAAGGGCCACCAGCACAGGGAAAGGCGACAGUGGGGGCAGAGGGAGGCGAGGGUGGGGGCACAGAGGAGGUGGUGGGGAGGAAGGAGGAGGAGGAGAAGGAAGGAGUGGUUGCAGGGAAGGAGGAGGAGGAGGAAGGGGUGGAAGAGAGCGAGUUGCGGGAUGUGGUGGCACCGAUGCCAGUGCUUGGCGGGGGAGGACAGGGUGCAUGUGGGGGUGGUGCGGAGAGCAGUGGGGAGGAGUUGAUGGGGGAGGUGGCAGCAGCAGGGUUGGCAGCGGGCAAGGCAAGGCGGCGUGUGCGGUUUGAGGAGGGGGAGAAGGGCCUGCAUGGGCUGGCAGCGCUGAGGCUGCGGCAGCACGUGCCCCCCCGCACACACGCGGCAGCAGAGGACGGGUCGGUGGGGGGCAGCAAGGGGGGAGGGGCAGAGGCAGGCGUGGGAUGGGCGGGUGGCAGGGCAAGCGAUGGCGGCAGCAGCAGUGCUGGUGGGCUGGCUGGUGGAGGGCUGCUUGGGCGACCUCCCCCGUUGGCGCGAGCCACUAGUGACUGCUCGUGGGAGAUGCGGCGAGUGGCCUUACUGGGGGCACAGCACGGCACUCCACGCGCAUCUGCCGCUCACUCGCACCUCAAGUUCUCAGACGCCCUGGACCAGCUCGAGCAGCAACUGGGCCACUCCACCCCAACCAGGGAGGAGGGCGCCUCGCACACCAACGAGUGGGACGAGCAGUCAGGCCAGUCGCGCGCACCCUUCUCUGCAGAUCUGCGCGCUGUGCUCUCUGCAGACGCGCGCGAACUGUGUUGUUUCCGCGCGCGGUCCUUUGCAGCCGUGCGCGUUGCUCCACGCAGCUGCCCAGAGGGAAAGGCGGCAGUGUGGGCGGAGGGAGGCGAGGGUGGGGGAACAUCUGAGGUGGUGGGGAGGGAGGAGGAGGAGGAGAAGGAAGGGGUGGUUGCAGUGGGGGAGGAGGAGGAGGAAGGGGUGGAGGAGAGCGAGUUGCGGGAUGUGGUGGCACCGAUGCCAGUGAUUGGGGGGGAAGCACAGGGUGCAUGUGGGGGUGGUGCGGAGUUGAGGGGGGAGGUGGCAGCAGCAGGGUUGGCAGCGGGCAAGGCAAGGUGGCGUGUGCGGUUUGAGGAGGGGGAGAAGGGCCUGCAUGGGCUGGCAGCGCUGAGGCUGCGGCAGCACGUGCCCCCCCGCACACACGCGGCAGCAGAGGACGGGUCGGUGGGGGGCAGCAAGGGGGGAGGGGCAGAGGCAGGCGUGGGGUGGGCGGGUGGCAGGGCAAGCGAUGGCGGCAGCAGCAGUGCUGGUGGGCUGGCUGGUGGAGGGCUGCUUGGGCGACCUCCCCCGUUGGCGCGAGCCACUAGUGACUGCUCGUGGGAGAUGCGGCGAGUGGCCUUACUGGGGGCACAGCACGGCACUCCACGCGCAUCGGCCGCUCACUCGCACCUCAAGUUCUCAGACGCCCUGGACCAGCUCGAGCAGCAGCUGGGCCAGUCCACCCCAACCAGGGAGGAGGGCGCCUCGCACACCAACGAGUGGGACGACCAACCAUGCCAGGUGAGUCUCACCACUAUGCUCAGGCAAGAAACCACGCACUCUCCUCUCCCCUUCAUUAUCUGCCCCACCUAG